UUCUUUCUACGCUCGGUUUGGUCACGUGGUCGUAACAGCGCAGCAUGACGUGGCUUCCAGCGGAGCAUGUAGCAGGAAGUGUCCGCUCACAUUUCACCAUGUUAACAGCAGAUGCCAACGAUGAAGACGUGUCUCUGUUUGAUGCAGAGGAUGAUGCAACUAAAAGGUCAAAGAAGACGGGCAUUAAGCACCCCGUGGCAUCCUUCUUCCACCUCUUCUUCAGAGUUUGUGCCAUCCUGGUGUAUCUGCUCUGUGAGGUGUUCAGCAAGAGUUUCAUCGCCUGCAUGGUCACAAUCAUUCUUCUGCUCUCCUGCGACUUCUGGACAGUAAAGAACAUCACGGGCAGGUUGAUGGUUGGCCUGAGAUGGUGGAACCAGGUAGACGAUGACGGGCGCAGCCAGUGGCUGUUUGAAUCCAGGAAGGGCUCUGGGAAGCAACAGUCCUCAGACUCGGACUCCCGCAUUUUCUGGCUGGGACUGAUCAUUUGUCCUGUCCUCUGGGUUGUCUUCUGCUUCAGCACGCUCUUUUCCUUUAAGGUCAAAUGGCUGCCUGUGAUGAUCAUGGGUCUGGUUUUACAAGGCGCCAACCUCUACGGGUACGUGCGCUGCAAAGUGGGAGGCAAGACCAGCUUAAAGAACAUGGCAACAAAUUAUUUUGGGAAACAGUUCCUCAAACAGACGCUGUCUAAAGAAGAGGAGAUGUAGAGUGCAGCUUUAAGGACGCUGCCGUUCUGCUUCACGUGUGAGAGUGAUUUAAAUAAUAGAAUGACACUUUUCCAGGAGCAGCAAGCUUCAACAAACUCAUAUCAAGUUACAUGUAACUUCAGAACCACACAACUUUUACAACUAAAUUCAGGUGUAGUUCUUUUUGCAGGGUUGUGUGGAGGUAUUUGAGUUUCAGAACAUAAUCACUGUGAAAUAAUCAGUUUACUUCUCUGAUUUAUUACAUUUCUGUGCAGAAACCUUGUCUCAUUGAUGACCACACCUGCUCCUAAUCCAUCUAGUGACCAACCUAUCUGGCCCCAGACUAAUCGUUAAACCAGCGUCCACUAACCAGCAAGUGCCAGACAUGUCUGUGGGAUAUUACGUCGUAUUUUUUUUUUUUUAAGCUGCUUUUUUGGUUGAUCUGUUAGUUCAAAGUUCAGCAUAUUUUAAUGAGUUUGUUUAAAUUAUAUUUGAGUUACCAGUAUUCAUUGUUUUUAGUUAUCCUGUUAACAAACUACUUCUGCGAUAGGCUAGUGUGCCCCCGCGACCCUUAAUUACAGUAAGCAGGUACAGAAAAUGAAUGAAUGUUAACAAACCAGAGGGCGUGACUCAUCUGUUUACUGGCUGUAUUGUAUUGGCUCUGUGCUGAGGCUUUCCCAAAUGUCAAGAGUUAAUGCAGUCGAUGUUUGAAGCCUGAUCUGUGUCACUAACGUUAACCAGCAUCACCUGUCCUGCCUGUAAAUUAGGUGAAACUCUGUUUAGCCGGAGGCCACCAGACAGAUUGUUCUGCUUUAUGAACGUGGAGUGUUCCAGUGUUCCCAGUAAUGCUGCUUGAGGAACGCCGUUCUCCGCUUUGCAGAUGUUGUACAUUAACACUAAAGGUGCAGAACCAGUGUUUAGAAACCUUGGUGAAAUCAUUGGGCAUACCAUGAAACAAAUUUGUGCAGCUCUUUCUAAGGAGUGUGGCUUUACUUUUCAGCACACUUCUGAAAGGACAUGCAGUGUUCCAGAGUGACUCCUGGGGGUGGCGCUUACAUGUUGGUAACAUUAGCUAGGGCGGCAACUACACUUCUGUUUAUAACGUUAAAGAUCUACUGAUGACUUCACUUUAAAGUGUUUUAUUUUGAAGUGAUGAUUUACAUUGUUAAUGCAUGAGUGAUUUUUUUUUUUUUGUUUGUUUUUUUGUCUGCUGACUUGUUGCAGCUGUGCAGAAUAGCUGGAAUUCCGCAGCAUUCUGUCCACAGACAUCACUCACUGUGGACAGUAACCUAUAAUGCAGUUAUUGCUGGGAACGCAGACUGCUCCCUGUAAUAACUACUUUUAACAUUAAAUAAUAUUUCUGAGCUGUUUCAUAUCGACAGUGUUGUUUGGAUGAUAAACAAAAAUUUGUAACAUAACUGUAACAUUCUAAGACUUUGUAAAUAUGUAAAGAACAUCUCUGCAAUUAAAUUGUCGUUACUUUCUAAA